UCCCGCGCCACUUUGUUUUUGAAGCAACCACGCGCACCCACGAGAGACGCAAGACCAGACUGUGAUUUGAACAAGAGAGCAGUUAGAAAGAAGAAUUUAUAAUGAAAAUCGAAGAAGUUAAAAGUACAACCAAGACACAACGUAUAGCAACGCAUAGCCAUAUAAAGGGAUUAGGUUUGAACGAAGAUGGUGCUGCAAUAAACAUAGCAUCAGGAUUGGUUGGUCAAGAAAAUGCACGAGAGGCAUGCGGUGUUAUUGUGGACUUGAUAAAAAGCAAAAAGAUGGCUGGAAGAGCAGUGUUGUUAGCUGGUCCCCCUGGUACUGGCAAAACUGCUUUGGCUUUAGCUACAGCUCAAGAUCUUGGACCAAAGGUUCCUUUUUGUCCUAUGGUUGGUAGUGAAGUGUAUUCUACUGAAGUUAAAAAAACGGAAGUACUUAUGGAAAACUUUCGACGUGCCAUAGGCUUACGAAUCAAAGAAACAAAGGAAGUUUAUGAAGGAGAAGUAACAGAGCUUACACCUUUUGAAACUGAAAAUCCAAUGGGUGGAUACGGCAAAAGUGUCAGUCAUAUUAUAAUUGGUUUAAAAACUGCAAAAGGGACCAAGCAAUUAAAACUUGAUCCAGCAAUAUAUGAAAGCUUGCAAAAAGAGAAAGUGGAGCCAGGUGAUGUUAUUUAUAUUGAGUCAAAUAGCGGUGCAGUCAAAAGACUAGGACGAUCUGAUGCAUUUGCAACAGAGUUUGACUUGGAAGCUGAAGAAUAUGUUCCUCUACCAAAAGGUGAUGUACAUAAAAAGAAAGAGAUUGUUCAAGAUGUUACCUUGCAUGAUCUGGAUAUUGCAAAUGCUCGGCCACAAGGGGGACAAGAUGUUUUAUCUAUGAUGGGACAACUUAUGAAGCCAAAAAAGACUGAGAUAACUGACAAACUUCGAAAAGAGAUUAACAAAGUAGUCAAUAAGUACAUUGAUCAGGGUGUUGCGGAAUUGGUUCCAGGUGUUUUGUUUAUUGAUGAAGUACACAUGCUUGAUAUUGAAUGCUUUACUUAUCUUCAUAAAGCAUUGGAAUCUUCACUGUCACCAAUUGUAAUAUUUGCAACAAAUCGUGGAUCGUGUACAAUACGGGGUACAGAUAUUCGGGCACCUCAUGGAAUUCCCUUGGAUUUGCUUGAUCGAGUCAUGAUUAUAAGAACAAUGCCUUACUCAAAGCAAGAAAUGAUGCAGAUUAUAAAGAUCAGAAGCCAAAUAGAAGGAAUCCAACUUGAUGAUGAGUCAUUAACUGAACUUGGCACAGUUGGUUGUAACUCAACUUUACGAUACGCUGUUCAGUUGUUGACACCAGCUUCUGUGCUUGCGAAAAUAAAUGGACAGGAUUGUGUUACAGUAAAUGAAAUUCAUGAAAUAAACGAAUUAUUUUUUGAUGCUAAAUCUUCCGCAAAGUUAUUAGCAGAGCAAGGAAAUUUGUAUAUGAAAUAGAAGUUAUAAACAAUAAACUUAACCUGUGCACCUGUGGCAAUGUAUGAAGUGUAGCAAAUAACCGUGUUCUCUAUACGAAACAUUAAGUCAAUAUCUUGUUCCCUUAAAAUAUUGUUAAAAAGAUGUUUGUUUUUGUAAACAUGAUCAUGCUAGAUUAAAUAUAUAUAGCAUAGUAAUGCAAAGUGGA